CCCGUCCCCGUCCCCCUCCGGGCGCCAUGGAGGGCGAGGGGAACGCGACCCUCCCCCCGCCCUGCGGCGCCAGCGAGCCGCCCUUCGCCUGGGAGCUGCUGGGCAGCCUUGACCUAGCUGGUAGAUUUCUCUUUGCAAUCUUGACUCUGAUGACGCUAAUUGCUGAUCUGGUAUUUAUAGAGGAAGUGAUCUACAUCUACAGGAAAAUCCCCUCCUCCAAAAGAUCAAUCUUAAUUUGGAUAAAUGCUGCAGCUCCAGUGAUUGCUACUACCUCAUGCAUUGGCAUGUGGAUUCCUCGCUCAACAAUGUUUACAGAUUUCACAGCAGCAGUAUUUUUUGCCAUAGUUAUCCACAAGUUCCUGAUGAUGAUGAUUAAAGAGUGCGGGGGCCAAAAGCUGUUCCUCAGGCGGUUUGAAAAUGGUCGCUUCAAGAUCAGCACGGGGCCCUGCUGCUGCUGCUGCCUUUGCCUCCCCGGCGUGCGCAUCACUAGGCAAACCCUCUUUUGGCUGAAGCUGGGCACCUUCCAGUUUGCUUUCUUUCGACCCGUGUUCAUGUUUCUGUCAAUAGUGCUUUGGACCAAUGGCAAUUACAGCCUUUCUAAUUUGUCUCCUGAAGGAGCUGCGAUAUGGAUUAGCUGCUUCGUUGCUGUCCUUACCAUUAUUGCUCUGUGGCCAGUUGGAAUCAUGUUUCAACAAGUCAGGGUUCUCCUUAACUGUAAGAAGAUCAUCCCUAAAUUUGCUCUUUAUCAGUUUGUCCUGAUUCUGAACCACCUGCAAGCAGCUAUUAUCAACAUCUUGGCCAUGCAAAGAAUUAUCCCCUGUGCUCCGCCACUCUCCUCCUCAGCAAGAGGAGCAUAUAUAACCCACCAGCUCCUCAUCAUGGAAAUGUUUCUAAUAACCCUAAUGUCAAGGGUGGUCUAUCGGAGAAGAUACGACGAACUAGAGCCUCCAGAGUGUGCCUGUGAAGAAGAUGGGGACAGCAAGCAGACUCCUAAGAUUAUCCUGAAUGGUGCAGUUAGUGAAGAUGGAUUGCCAGGCUUUUAGAAGCCCCCAGUGCUCCUGUUCUGCAGGAGCUGGAAGCUCAGCUUCAGGAGCUUCUUUCACCACAAAUAGCCACUGUCCAUGUCAGAACAACUUCUGGCAUAAAUGCGUGUGUGCUACACUGAAAGGACCAAUGAGUGGAAUGAUAACCCUAUUUAUUCUCCAGUGAUACAUACAUGGUGUGAAUGUUUUCACACCAUGGUCUUUUAUUCUGUGAUUGAGCACUGGAUGGUAGCCAAACUGUCUCAAAAUGUGAUUUUUAUUUUUUUUAUCUAUUAGAAUUGCUGUGAUUUAGAGUUAACCCAGAGCCAUUCUUGUAUCAUCUAUUUUGAAUUCUUUUAAUCCUCUUUCAGGUAGCCUGGAUUGCUGUCAUAUGUCCCAAGCCACAUUUUCCUAUCCUUCCUACAUUAAAAUUUAUCAGCUCUCACUCUGUCACAAGGUCGCCGUAGCUAAUUCUGAUCAGUAAAUACAUUUGCAAGUUUGUUCUUAAAUCCCCAAACCUGCCUGGGCUCUCCACCUAUAUAAAUGGAAAUUUCUUUAUGGGAAGACUUUUUACAUUCCCUGUCAAUUCACCUCCUAACUUGGUAAAUACACAGUUGCUGUUUUUAAAUAUGUCAUUAGCUGAUGCUUCUCUUAGAGAAGGGAGAUCUCUGUCACUGGUCUGGAAAAAGAAAGUAGGAGCCGGUCUGAGAUGUGUUCUGCAACCGCUCUGUGAUGUUACGUUGUACUUUGGUUCUCUGUGUGGAAAAUGGGAACUAUGAUACUCAGGAUCCUUGCAUUCAAUGUCCUGUGGGGAUGAAUACUAUUGAAAGGACUCUCUUUCAAAACAUUAUUUCCCCAACAUCUUCACCCUAAAUCUGACCUGCCCAGGUGUUCAGUUGGACUUAAAGUACUACUAGAUUUUUUGAAUUCACACCCAUUGCUCCAUUUUGCUGAAAACAGGUUUUAGUUUUAUUUUUUCCAAAUGAUCCUGAUGUUCCUGGAUGAACCCAAUUGCUUUGGUUUAGCUCACUGUAAUUUAUAAUAUGAUACCAUGUUUAGUAAGCAUUUGGAUAUGCUGUUUAUUGGGAAAGGAGGUGCAGCACCAUAUGCUAGCACUUGUCUCUCCUCAUCUAAUCUGACCCCUAGAAGUAAAUGCUUCAUCUGUAUAGCAAGAAUGGUAGACUGGGAAAAUGCUUCAUGUUGGAAAAGAUGUUAAUAACGUCCUUUACCUAUAAGGUAUCAAAUACAACAUCAGAGCAAAGCUAGGCACAUAGUGGGGCUUUAUUUGUAUUUUAUAAGGAAUUCCAGAAAUACUUUCAGUUUGGGAGUUGGCUGUGGAAAAUGAAAUAUUCUGAAAACCUCAUCUAGUCAACAAGCUGGGAGGAGAAAAGGGGGUUGAAUUAAACAAAAUAUUUUCUUACUGAUUGGGGUAAAAAAUAUUAUUUUCUUUAACAAUAGGAUUCCAUUGUACUAGAAAAAAAAACGAAUUAUUUUUGGUUUGAAGUGGUUGUAACAAUUUUUAUACCUAGCUUUUUUUCUAAGCAGACAAUCGGAGAAAUUAAUACAGAUUUCUGAACUCCAUUAAUGUGAGUGAAUCUGCAUUUUUCUUUGAAAAAUAAUUUAGGUGAUAAUUUUUCACUCUGCUCUAGAGUGUGACAGUAGAAUUAACAGGGAUCAACUAAUAUCUUCUUAACAUGAGAAAUCUUCUUAAUGUAAUUUAACAUUAUGGCUAUUAGCAUAUUCCUAAUGUUGCCUUAUAUCAGUGUAUUCUACGCUGCAGAUAUGUUUGUAAUGUUGCUCUUACAGACUUAAUUUCAUAACAGCAUUGGGAAUGGUUGGCUGUGAAUCGAAGAAGCUUCAAAACUGGAAAAUAAAAUAUUUUGAGUUGGU